AUGGGUCCCAAGCUAGAACCAAGAGUUGAAGGUUCAAACAUAGAUUUUUCAAGUGGUGCAAUAAACAACUCAGAAAAUAACGGGAAUAAAAGCUCCAGUGAUUCAAGCGAAAGUUCAUAUGAUAGUAGUUCUGAUGAAAGCCUUAGUGACGGGGAACCUGCAAGAAAAAUGCAGAAAACAGAUAAAAAUACGUUGAUGAACAGGUAUGAGUUCCUUAAAAGCAAGAUGCGAGAUGAAAAUUCAGAAGCCCAUAAAGGUGAAGCUACAUCGUUGGUAUUAGAUCAUUUACGAGAGUUGAAAGUCAUAUAUGAUAUCGUACAAAAGGAGCAUAAUCGAGACACGAAAGUUCACCUAAAGGAUGCAGAAGCAUUCAUGGAUACGUCCAAAUUUGCAGCGACGAAUGCUAAGAAUUUGAAAUUUGAUGAUAUGGGAAUGUCAUUGAGUCAGAAAGACUUUCUUUCUCAUUUAAGAAGCUACUUAAACCCUAACGAGGCAACAAUAGAAGAUGAUGCUUAUGAUGAUGAUGAUACUGAGUCCAGUACUAAAGAGGAUACUUUUAACUCUUAUAAUUGGCUUAAGUUGGGUGCAUUAUACUACUCGGUAAGUAAUAGAGCAGUCGUUACAGAUUCUCUCUACGGCCCUUUAGAAACGGAAAGGAAAAGACAGGUUACGAGAACAAGAAAUAUAGAUGACACGAAAAACUCUUUGUCAACAACUGCACAACUGGUUCAAGCAAAUGAUAUUUCAGGAAAUGAAGAACAGAAUACAGCUCAUAAGGUUAAGAAUGUAUACAGAACUUUUGUGCAAAAGAAAGAUGAAGCAGGGGUUAAUUUCUUUAAAUUUUUUAUAAACCCCAAUUCAUUUGCUCAGUCAAUUGAAAAUCUAUUCUUUACGAGUUUUCUUAUCAAAGACGCAAGGUUGAAAUUAUAUUUAAAUGAAGAAGGAAUACCGAUAAUUCAGACUGUUGACCCACAGGAAUAUGAAGUCAGUCAGUUAAAUCCCUCCAGUGGGGAAUCAAAUCACCAUAUUGCAACAUUCGAUUAUAAAACAUGGCAAGGUUUGAUAAAAAGAUUCAACAUAACGGAGUCUUAUUUGGAAACGAGGCCAGAAGCGGACGAUACAUACUCAUCUAGUGACAAUGAUGAAGACGAAACUAAUUAA